AUGCGAUGUAAGCGCCGGGCUCCUUGGCCGACAUCUGAGUUUGACUAUAUUGAUGAGGAUGGAACAUGGCGUAUGAAGCGAACAGUGGGAUAUUUGAACGGGUUCAAUCCAACAAUCCUGGAGACACAACUGUGCAACAAUGAUCAGAAGCUUGUCAUGAACGGCGAUGAAACGCAGGACAUGACGUACUACAUCACCACUUAUUUGACAAAGAAAAGGGACCGUUCAACAAACGAGAGCGCGAUAUUGGCGCAGAGGUUGGCUUACCACAGCGAGCAGAAACGAAAGAAUGGUGAUGUUGCUGAAGCAUCGAGGAAGUUGGUGAUGAGAUGUGCUACUGCACUCAACCGUAACCAAGAGUUGAGUGCUCCAGAGGUCAUUAGCUACUUGAUGAGAUGGGGGGAUCGGUAUAUUUCUCAUACCUUUGCCCCAAUAUACCUCGAAGGCAUAGUGUCGUGCCUGCGACGGUAUUACAUCUCUUUGCAAGAAAAGAGAGCGAAGGUGGAGGAAAUUAGACUGACAAUGGUGUCCGGUGAAGUGGAGACUUGA